GUUCAAAUCAGUCUGCAUUCAUUAUUCUAAUGAAUAAUGUUCAACACUAUACGUGGCUUAUUUCUACUAAUUGCAUUAUCAACAUGCAUUAUAAUUAUCAAAAGUAUUGAACACCAAUCACCUGUAAUCAUAGUUAAUACAUGGCCAUUUCCAAAUGCAACUGAUGCUGGAUGGAGUGUACUCAGUCCAUCCAAUUCUACAGUAUUUGGUACAUCAAUCGAUGCUGUUGUUGCUGCAUGUACAAAUGCUGAAGAUGAUCCAAAUAUUGAAAGUGUAGGAUAUGGAUGUUCACCUGAUGAAAAUGGACAUACCUUAUUAGAUGCCAUGGUAAUGGAUGGUAAAACAAUGCAGGCUGGAGCAGUAGCAUCAAUGCCUGAGAUUCGACAAGCAUCUCAAGUAGCACGCGAGGUUUUAUUCAGUACAAAGCAUACACUGUUAGUAGGACAAUCAGCAGCAGAGUUUGCAAAGUCAAGAGGAUAUCAGCCAGCUUCCUUGGAUACUCCUAAAUCCCAUGCUUUGUGGUUAGAAUGGAAAAAACACAAUUGUCAACCAAAUUUCCGUAAACCGGAGGCUUGGAUUCCAGAUUCUACAAAAUCAUGUGGACCAUAUCAUCCCAAACAAUUGAAAGAUAUCAAUGCAUUCAACCUAAAUGAUCAUAAAACCAAUAAAUUAGACAUCAAUAAUCAUGAUACAAUCGGUGUUAUUGCACUUGAUGCUUAUGGAUCAAUGGCUGUCGGUACAUCGACAAGUGGAUCAAAGUUUAAAAUUCCUGGACGUGUUGGAGACUCACCUAUUCCUGGAGCUGGUGGUUAUGUUGUUAAUAAUAUUGGUGGUGCUGUAGCCACUGGUGACGGUGAUCUCAUGAUGCGUUUUCUUUUAAGUUUCCAAGUUGUUGAUUAUCUACGACAGGGGAUUGGUCCAACUGAAGCUUGUAAAAGAGCUUUAAGAAGUGUCAGAUCAAAUGAAAAUUGGUAUGGAGCUCUUGUGGCACUGACUAGCAAUGGGGAACAUGGAUCUGCAUGUGUUGGUUUCGAUGAUUUCAAGUACAGUGUUCGUGGAUCAUGGCUCGGGAAUCAAACUCAAAUAAUUAGUGUGCCGUGUAGCAAAGCAGAUAAAAUUUGAACAGCUGUAUUAAUUUGUAUACAUUAUAAACUGCUAUUCAAGUUACCU